AUAAUAUCUGACCCUUUCCCAUUUUUCACCAUUGAUUUGCUUUGAUUGUAAACAAAAGAUCUCUACUUUGUGUACCGUUCGAUUCAAUUACCCACAACUGCAACCAUGUUCGCCAAAUCAAUCAUUGUCGCCGCUGUUCUAGCCACCUCAGUAAUCGCCGAUACCGCCCAAGUUCAAAUUGCAAACCUUUUCACGGAUACCGAGUGUGUCAAUGGACUAAAGUCUGAAGUUCCAACAACUGUAGCCAAGUCAAAUGGAUGCAUUUUCCUUCAAGAUCAAGUUGUUGUUGAUGGGUUCCCCUCCAGCAUGAACAGUGAUUUCUCCUUCACCAAGAAAAGCGACGUAGAGAAUGAGAUUCUACUCUUCAACGAUGGAGCAUCAUGCGAGGGAUACCAGGCUGACGCGAAUGUGCCAGUCGCCUUCAUUCGCUCCACCACACCCAACGAAUGCGUUCCAUGCUACCGAUGCGGCAAUGUCAAGUCAGUUUCGUUCUCCAAUGUAGAAGUAACCGACACUUCAGGUAAAUCAAAUGCGGCCGGAACCGCCGUACCCUCAUCACUACUCACAGUCGGAGUAAUCGCUAUGACAGGAUACGCGUUUUAUCGCUAAAACUGUCAAUGAUUGUUAUUAGGAUGUAAGAUAUUGAAACUUCGAAUUAAAAUAUAUUGAAUAGAACCCACCC